UAUCAGCUGAUACACACCAAGUUGGCUCGCAGAUUCGGGCACGUGCGAUGCGCUUUUAAGUUGUUUUCCCACCAACUUUCAUUUUCAAACAAGUGAAAAUCAGUCAGUGGCGGAUCGCAGGCGCAGCGACAGGUUUCUGUACCUUCACCACUUGUUGAUUUGCGCUCCGCUCCGGAGAUGCAGUGGAUGCUGUUUCCACGGUGGAUCUGGAUUCUGGCGUGCGCGUCAGUGUUGAUGGAGCUCAGUGUGGCAGUUUUGCGCCAUGUCACCUACUCACACGCGGGCAUCUGCCCCAAUGACAUGAACCCCAACUUGUGGGUGGACGCAAUGAGCACCUGCACGCGAGAAUGUGAAUCUGAUCAGGAGUGUGAGUCCCAUGAGAAGUGUUGUCAGAACGUGUGUGGGAAUCGUAGCUGCGUGGCAGCACGUUUCAUGGACGGAAACAAAGGUCCCAUGGGAAUGCCAAAGGAAGCAACCUGUGCCAGUUUUAUGUGCACCCAGCAGGGGUCUGAGUGUGAGAUCUGGGACGGCCACCCAGUGUGUAAAUGCCGGGACCGCUGUGAGAGGGAGCCUCACUUCACCUGUGCCUCAGAUGGCAUGACUUACUACAACAAGUGCUACAUGGAUGCGGAGGCGUGCUCUAAGGGCAUCACCCUCUCAGUCGUCACCUGCCGCUUCCACCUCACCUGGCCUAACACCAGCCCCUCGCUUCCCCAGGCAACCACUCUUCGCCCCACCACCACUCCCCUCCAGGCCACCAUCCCUCCUCCAACCGAGUCUCAGCCGCCAAUGGUGGUCAGCAGCCCUGCCUCCCAGACUGUCAACGUGGGCGACACAGCCAGCUUCUUGUGUGACGUCACGGGGCGACCCCAGCCUCAGAUCACGUGGGAGAAGCAGCUUCCAGACGGGGUGGAGAUGACAGUCAUGAGGCCCAAUCAUGUCCAGGGUAACAUGGUGGUCACUAACAUCGGUCAGCUGGUCAUCUACAAUGCCCAGCCACAAGAUUCAGGCAUCUACAUGUGCACGGCUCAGAACCCGUCCGGGUCGGUGCAGGCCUACCACCCACUCACUGUGCUGCCCACAAAGGUCCUCAGUACUGGGCCCAAGAACCUGACCCGCUGCUUGCCUGAAGAGUGCAUAAAACCCUUUGAUAGUCCAGAGGACUGUGGGAGCGAGCUGGAAAAAGUCAGCUGGUACUAUGAACCUAAAAUCAACAACUGCUUCUCCUUCACACAUUGCCACGGCAACAACAGCCAGCAGCAGAGGAAGAUGUUCGAGACCUACGAGGACUGCAUGCAGUGCUGCGGUCCAGAGCUGUCAAGUCCCUGCGGGUUUCCCAGCCUGCAGGGCCCCUGCAAGGCGUAUGAGCCGCGGUGGGCGUACAGCAGCACCCUGCGGGAGUGUCAGCCCUUCAUUUAUGGAGGCUGUGAGGGAAACGACAACAACUUUGAAUCUAAAGAAGCCUGUGAAGAGAUGUGCCCCUUCCAAAAGAAACACCACUGCAAGGCCUGCAAGCCCAAAGGCAAGAUGGUGACGAGCUUCUGUCAGAGCGACUUUGUCAUCAUGGGUCGCAUGUCGGAGCUCACGCAGGAGAAGAACUCGGGUCAUGCUCUUGUGGUUGUGGAGGACAUCUUUAAAGAUGAGAAGAUGGGUCUGCGCUUCUUUGGCAAGGAGCCCCUCGAGGUCACUUUUCUCAACAUGGACUGGAACUGCCCCUGCCCGAACAUCACGGCUGCAGCUGCAGAAGGUCAGAUCAUCAUCAUGGGCAACGCCAACGAUGGCAUGGCCGUCCUGCAGCCCGAGAACUACAUAGGCGCCUCCACUCCUCGUCGGGUUCGGAAGCUAAAAGAGGUGGUCUCAAAGAACCCUUGUGACAUUCUCAAAGCUAUCACCAACAGUCCUCAGUAG